AUGUGUGGAUUCGUCGCUAUUGUUACUCUCUCUCCGACGGUUGAUUCCGGUCUUAAACUAGGGAGCCCAUCGAACACUACAACUCUGGAUCCAAAAACUGGCAUCUAUGCGACUGGUAGCUGUAUUAACCCUAACCUGGGCGGCUCAGUCCUCAACGGCCAGGACGACAACAAGGAGAUCCCAGGAUUCUCAAAGGUGACUGCCCAGCUACAAGCAGCUGUUGACGCCAUCAACCAUCGCGGGCCGGACGAGUCAAACGUGUGGGUCAACGAAAAUGAGAGUGUCGGCCUUGCCCAUUGCCGUCUUUCCAUCAAUGAUCUCUCGCCUGGGGGCUCACAGCCUAUGCAUAGCGAUGACGGGCUGAUCCAUGCUGUUGUUAAUGGAGAGAUCUAUGACCACGAUCGUAUCCGGGACAUCUGCAUGUGUGAGUAUGGCUACCGAUUUGCUGGCCAUAGCGACAGUGAGCUAGUUCUUGCUCUAUACAAGAUUCACGGUGUUCCUGCCAUGUUUGAGCACUUGCGUGGCGAGUUCAGUUUCGUACUCUAUGAUUCUCGAGAGGGUAGCAAUAAGAUCAUCGCCUGCCGUGACAGAUUCGGCAUUAAGCCUAUCGUAUACACCGUUAGUGGCCAGAGACUCCUUAUCGCCUCCGAGACGAAGGCCUUUAUGAGUAUGGGUUGGCAGGCCGAGUGGGACGUCGACGCAAUCGUCGAUGCGGGAUGGAUGGUGGAUGACAGAACUCUCUUCAAGGGAGUGCGCAAAAUCUUACCCGGCCAUUGGAUGGAAGUGAGCGGCAGAGGAAUACUGCACCACCGAUAUUGGGAUGCUGACUACAAGGAUAAGGCGGAACCCGAGGUUCGAAGUAUUGACGAGAUGGUUACCGGCGUGCGAGAAAGGCUCAUUGAAUCAGUCAAGAUUCGCCUCCGCGCUGAUGUUCCCGUUGGCAUCUACUUGUCAGGAGGAAUAGAUUCAUCUGCCAUAGCCGGAAUCGUCACGGAGCUGGCCCGCAAACAGCAUGUCAAGAUCGGCGACAAGGAGGCUACGCGAGUAACAUGCUUCAGUGUGCAGUUUCCGGAGGCCACGGGCUACAAUGAAGCAGAUAUUGCAGACCGAACGGCCAAGUGGCUGGGUGUUGAAACGAUCAAGAAGGAUGUGACGGAAGCCACCUUGGCGAACAGCUUCCAAGACGCCGUAUUCAAUUGUGAGCAUCAUCACUUUGACCUAAACUUUGUGGCCAAGUUCGCGCUAUCUGAGCUUCCUCGCGAACACGGUGUAAAGGUAGUCAUUACCGGAGAGGGUGCCGACGAGCACUUCGCAGGUUAUCCUUACUUCCCCAGCGAGUAUCUGCGCGAGCCUGACUUGGCAAUGCCGGACUCGGAACUGGUUAAAAACAACCACCAGCGUCAGAUAAUGCAGCAAGCCGCAGCUGCAGAAAUGAACGCCAUAUGGCGUUCUAUUGGAGCAGCGACCUACGAGGGGACUGCGGAGAGUAACAACCUGUUAAAGGAUACCAAUGGUAAUGCGAUGCCCAACAACCUGCUGGCUUGGCAUCCCACCAUCGGCCUCUUCUCUUCUUGGGUUCGCAAUCACUAUGGAGAGCAACUCGACUGUAGAGCCACCCUCAUGUCAUCUUACCCGGCUGAUGUGCGUGACAAGAUGAGAGAGAAGUGGCAUCCGCUGCAUACAGCUCUGUAUAUCUGGAACAAGAGCCAACUGGCCAACGUGCUUCUCUCGUGCCUGGGAGAUCGUACGGAAAUGGCCCACAGCGUCGAGGGCCGAACUCCAUUCCUCGAUCAUCAUUUGGCCGAGUAUGUGAAUAAUCUUCCGCCCAGCGUCAAGCUUGCCUAUGCUCCCCCACAACCGGAACAAGAUGGUGGGAAGACCAAUUCAGGAAAGGAUCCCAUUUGGCAGGAAGCCGGGUUCUCUCUGCGCUCCCUGACGUCUAAAUGGAUUCUGCGUGAAGCCGCCCGCCCCUACAUUCUUGACGAACUGUAUAAUCGAAAGAAACAUCCCUUCCUGGCCCCUACGAAGUGGCCCCAACAUGGCCCUUUGCAUCAGAUGUUCAAGAGCAUUGCAACCAGAGAAUCUGUGGAAAAGCUUGGGUUCGUCGACCCUCAGGUGGUCGAGAAAGCAUUCAGCACCGCUUUCGGCGACAAGGCCGAGCCACGAUCGUUCCGUAUUCUCUGCGAAGUUUCCGCUUGGAUUACGCUGGCCGACAAGUUUAAUAUUCUUCCCGCUAAGCCAUGA